GAGGGGAAGAAAGCUAAUUUCCAAGAACUGUGGUGGAGGCCAGUGCUCAGUUAUGUUUGUGCUUUGUCUUCAGGUUGCUUUCAUCAAUCCUUCUGAAGGCUGUGUAGACCAUUGGUACACUUGUUUUCAAAACAGGUGUAUACAGCAAUAGGAAGUUGCGAUUAUGAUGGAUGGGUGAAUAGAGCAGGAAAAAAAAAUGGCUACACUAAAAUGCAAGGGGGAUUUAAAAUCGUUCCAUGUCUACUUGAAGGAUUGGUUAGAGAAGAUAAAAGGAAAAAAAAUUAGCCCAGAGGCAAUAAGGAGCAGGGGAGCUUGGGGAGAGAGAGGGAGACUGACUGGCUGGCCAAGAAAGCUGUUGUAGAAGGGAAAGGCUUUGUGAGGAUAAAGUAGUCAAUUGACAAGUUCACAGUGACUUAACCAGAACUAUUAAAAACCUGUGUGGCUAAAGAAUAUUUCAACUUAUAAAUAAAAGAAGAACCAGAGAAAAAGUGGAUUUUUCAUGUAUCUCUAGUAUAAAUUAAGAAUAGUUUAGGUGUGGUGUCCAAACUGAGUUAAUGAGGAAAAGGCACAGAUGAGCAGGGCAAAGAAAGUAACAAGGUAGGUAUUGGGAACUGGGGUGUGGAAUUGGAAAUAAAGUUAAUUGUUGUUUUCUUGUUGUUAAUAAUGGAAUUGUUAAUAAAGUCAAGCCGUAGCUAUCAGAUAAUAUAUGGGUUGAGUUCAAACACAGUGCAUUUGAGAAAUCAUGAGUCUGAUGGCAGGUUUUUUUAAAUGAAAAUACGUUGAGUUGGUGAUGAUCUCAUUUGAUUAGAGGCUAGCAAAUUUAGUGCCUCUAAUUAAGUCAGCAGAGGGAAACUGAUUACGGCAUCAGCAGGGCUUUUAUUCUGAUUCAGAAGUAUUUCAGGCUUCAGAGGAGACUUUAAGUGGGAAAAGAUAAAUGGGAAGUAAGACACAAUGGAGUAUGAUUUGCUAUCAUACUAAAAUAGAAUAUGCCCGACCAACCUAUUGAGAACUAUUGGUGAUUGGUAGACAGUUGGGCUGGAAGAUCUUGUAGGUCUUUUCUAGACUUGGUGAUUCUAUGAUUCUGUGAACCUGUUGCUUUAAGAAAGUUGUGUUUCCUUUGUUAUGAAGAUCUGAUGUCAGGUGGUAAAGGGUCUGAUAAGGUGCUAAUGGGAAGUCUACAGAAGACUCACAAAGAAAAUAUUACCCGAAUUUCCAAUAUUGGGAAGCUGAAGGAUUUUCUUCUUCAACACAGAAAGGAUUACAUUAAUGCAUACAGCCAUAUUAUGUCUGAAUAUGGGAGGAUGACAGAUACCGAGCGUGAUCAGAUAGAUCAAGAUGCUCAGAUAUUUAUGAGGACGUGUGCAGAUGCCAUUCAUCAGCUGAGAACAGAAGCUCACAAGGACGUCCAAUCUGCUCAGGUGAAGGAGCACAGAACAGCUGUCUUAGACUUCAUUGAAGAUUACUUAAAAAGAGUGUGUAAGCUGUAUUCAGAACAAAGAGCCAUCCGAGUCAAGCGAGUGAUAGAUAAGAAGAGACUGUCCAAACUUGAACCUGAGCAGAGCCAUGUGACCAGAUCAGCUCUUUCUCCUGAAAAAUUUUCACAGAAUUCUUUAGAUGAGUCUGAAGAAAAACCUUCAGCAGAGGAAAAUAAAGACAGGAAUCUGCCCGAUGCCCAGUCUAACCUGGGGUUAUGGGGAGAUGGUAAAGGUGAAGAUGAGCUGUCGCCUGAAGAAAUACAAAUGUUUGAACAGGAGAACCAGAGGCUGGUUGGUGAAAUGAAUAACUUGUUUGAUGAAGUCAGGCAAAUUGAAGGCAAAGUGGUAGAAAUUUCCAGAUUACAAGAGAUAUUCACUGAGAAAGUCUUGCAACAGGAGACUGAUAUUGACAACAUCCAUCAAUUAGUUGUGGGUGCGACAGAGAAUAUCAAGGAAGGCAAUGAAGACAUAAGAGAGGCAAUCAAAAACAAUGCUGGAUUUAGAGUUUGGAUCCUUUUUUUCCUGGUGAUGUGUUCAUUCUCCUUGCUUUUCCUGGACUGGUAUGACAAUUAAUUAAAAAUACCAUGUUGUCUACAUGCUUGGUAAAAUCUUACGGCUCUUUUUUUCUUCUAUUUAAUGGGGGUAUAUGGUAUACCUGUAUACUUUAUGCCUUUUUUUCAUACUGCGAUGAUGGAAAUAUUUUCUAACAGCUAAGCACAUCCAUAUGUUCCUUAAGGCAGAGAGAAGGUAGCAUUCAUUUUAAAUCCCCUUAUCAGAUCUGAAACCGCACUUAAUCCUGCAGACUUAAACCUCUGAAAGAACUCGUAAGGAAGCUGCAAGCUGGAGCACAGCUAAAGGGAAAAUUAAAAUAAAUAAAUAAAGGUUUUACCAUUGUCAGAGUCACCCACAUCUCUGAUGCUUUAAGUAAGUCCAGCUCCCAGUGCACAGAACAGAUCGAGAGAAUUGUUGCUGUGUGCAAAAGCAUCUGCACUGUCUCAGGCUUUUAUUUAAUCAUACCGCUUCAGUACACAGUGAUCAUUUUGCAGCUGUACUGUGACCUCUACUUCUAAUCCUUGAAAACUAUUUUGUUGAUUUAAUAAUAAUUUUAAAAGUCAGCUACAGAGCUUUACUUCGGGGUGCAAAGAGCUAACACAGUGCAGCCAACCACACUGCAGAAACAGAUGGUCUGAGGUGCUGGAACAAAGCCAACGGAUAGACAAUAUUAAAGCCAAACCCUUCAAAGUACUAAACUUGGGAGCAAUUUGUUAACUAAAGAAAGUCCCAGAACCAACUGUGGGUAAGAAUCAGUAAACUUCAUCCUGUUAAAUCAGAGGAAAAACUCCUUUGGCUCUCGAAUGCAGAGCAACUGCUGUCUCCUCAGUCAUACAGCUCCAUGUUUUGCGAUGUUUGUUGUCAUGAGAGAAGUAAGGUUUCUCAUCAGUACUUACUUAUGCAUUAAAGCUGUUCUUAGUGUGCUAAAUUUAAAGGGAAAAGGAUGUAUUGUGGAUCAUUUCUAUGUAGGAUAGUCCUGGGAAAGAGAACUUUCCCUGUUGUAACAUCUGAAUGGCUUCUGUAACUGUGGUGACCAAGAACUGUUUUGUUAUCUCUCUUCUGCCAUGCAUAUGCCUGUAAGUUAUAUGCAACAAGCAAAUUGUUCCUUACAGAGUGAAAAUGUCAAAAGUUACAUUCAGUACAGCGUAAGCCUACUAGAAAAUGCAGAUGGGGUAAUUUUGAAAAUCUGAACAGAAGUCUGUAGUUCUUAAAUGCAAAGUAAAAUUUGGCACAAAACUUAAUGCUUUUUAAGCAUUCCACCUACAAUAACUUAAAAAUCCUUUUAUGAAUAUUACUGUGUAAUGCACACUUCAUAACAAAUUAAGUAAUAAUGGUUCUUUUUACUGUACUGGUAAAAGAAAGGCUGUCGAUAAUGUGAUUCUACUGGAGAAAAAUAAAAGCAGAGCUGACAACGUUCUACUCCA